AUGGCAUCCCCCUGGAGUCCGAGUCGCAUUCUGACCAAUUUCCUCAUCUACCGCCAACUCAACAGCCCCUUUCCGCCUGGCGAGAAGAAGAGAGCGACCAAGCGGAGUCAGAGGGCACUCAAGCCGGGUGAGCCGUACGCAACGAGUGCAACCACCACACCCACAACCGACGAAGGCAGAUCGUUCCCGGGGCCGGAAUCACCGAACCCCUCGCAAAAUAAACAAGAUGAUAGCCCGGACAAGGAUGCCAACCGCGGCCUGGUCGGCUCGCUAGUAGACUCCUACGAGUUCAAGGAGAAUGGGCUGCUAAAGAAGACGAUGACGGUCACUGUCCACAAUGUACAGCAUCACCUGGUAUCCUACUACUCUCUCGAGGAUGCGAAGCACAACCUCAGGACACCUAGGGAUGAUCCUCGUCUCAAGGAUCUCCCGAUAAGGGAAGCUUUGUUGAACCAGCCGAAGUUCAAAUUCCCCAACCUUGACGACGCUGGAGACGGAAGCUACGAGCAAAUGGAAGGGUCGCAGAAUGCCUAUUCUCAAUAUUACCAGCCGAACGGGUACGACGCAAGGAUGUACCCUCCAAAUCCCGCACUUCAAGCUCCCCAAGUUUCAUCCCCAAUAGCUUUCCACCCUGCGUAUGCUCCGUCACAUCCACCUUCUACAGGCCCGGGCUAUGCAUCGAUAGCACCAUCCACACCGGCCUACGCAUCCUUGGCGCUUGGGCCCGUGUCAUACCCGCAACAUCAACCUCACGGUCAAUACACGCCUCACUUCAAGCAAGAGGGGGUCCCACAAUACCAGGGCCAGCCGCCGCAACACCCUCAGUAUCAACCACAGCAUUAUGGUGGCCAUCCUCAAGAUCACCAGGUACAACAACAUCCAAACUACCAGCAGCAGGCAGGCCAGAAUGCCCUACCCCGUCCGCAAGCAAUGGUAGACUAUCUUCACGCGAACACAGCAGACAAUGGCAUGAGUCAUGAGCUGUACGGAUCUCCUGGUAUCAAGGCGGAAGGGAUGGUGCCAACAUCUCAUCCCCAACAAGGACAGGCCUGGCCACCUGCCUAUUCGCAGUCAUGGGGUGCCCGUCCAGAUGGGCAGUCAUACACUUCUUCUUACCGCGCACAAUCCUAA